AUGGACCGCAUCGAGAAGGAGCGCAAGCACCAGAAGGAGCUGGAGCUGGUGGAGGAUGUGUGGCGAGGGGAAGCGCAGGACCUCCUGUCGCAGAUUGCGCAGCUGCAGGAGGAGAACAAGCAGCUGAUGACCAACCUCUCCCACAAGGACGCGGGCUUCUCAGAGGAGGAUUUCCAGAGGCAUGAAGGCAUGUCGGAGCGCGAGCGGCAGGUGAUGAAGAGGCUGAAGGAGGUGGUGGACAAACAGCGGGAUGAGAUCCGCGCCAAGGACCGUGAGCUCGGGCUGAAGAGCGAGGACGUGGAGGCUCUGCAGCAGCAGCAGACUCGACUAAUGAAGAUCAACCAUGACCUUCGCCACCGGGUCACUGUGGUGGAGGCCCAGGGGAAGGCUCUGAUUGAGCAGAAGGUGGAGCUAGAGGCAGAUCUGCAAACCAAAGAGCAGGAGAUGGGCACGCUGCGGGCGGAACUUGGCAAGCUGCGGGAGAGACUGCAGGGCGAGGUCAGCCAGAACGGGCAGGAGGAGCCUGAGAUGGAGCCCUGCACAGAGGAGCACGUGUCCGAUGACAUGGAGAAGGCGGCCUUGGACCCCAAGGACCCCAGCCGCCCCCGGUUCACGCUGCAGGAGCUGCGGGAGGUGCUGCACGAGAGGAACGAGCUCAAGGCCAAGGUGUUCCUGCUGCAGGAGGAGCUGGCCUACUACAAGAGUGAAGAAAUAGAGGAGGAGACCCGAAUGCCCCAGCCCGCACCCGUCGCGCAUCCAAGACUGUCCCCACAGCCGGAGUCUGGCAUCAAGCGGCUGUUUAGCUUCUUCUCCCGAGAUAAGAAGCGCCUGGCCAACAUGCAGAGAAAUGUGCACAUCCACGAGUCCUUCGGCCAUUGGGCCAACACCCACCGUGAUGACGGGUACACGGAGCAGGGGCAGGAGGCCCUGCAGCACCUGUGACCUCGGCCCUCGGCCACCGCCUCAGGCCCUUGAAACUGGCCCCUCAAAGGACGCUGUACUCUGAGGAUGGACGUGGAAAACUGAUGCCAAACUCUACAGAAAUGUUUAUUUAUACCAGGGCUAUCACCGUUUCUAAUAGAUGACUCUGACUCUUAGGACAUAUAUAUUUAAUAAUCCCACUGACUGAGACCAGAUUUGCAAGCUAACUUCAGUAACAAGCUUCUCAAGCCAAACACAUCACUUAUCACUGUAAUUGCCAUUUGAUUGACUUUAGAUCAAACUCUAGGCGUAGAGGUUUUAUUAUCACCUGUCCUACUUCUGUGGGAGACAGAGGAAGGGUAGCUUUUUAUUAUCACGAAACUGCUGAGAUGGCGGGUGCAGUGGCGCACUCCUGUGAUCACAGCACUCAGGAGGUUGAGGCAGGAGGAUUGUGGGUUUGAGGCCAGCCUGGGCUGCAGACAGAGUUCAAGGCCAGCCCAAAUUCCAUAGCAAGUCUCUCUCAAAAAGAUUGUGAUGAU